AUGGGAUGCGGUGAAGCGUUUGAAGGUGUAGCCGUUGGUGCAGAUAUGUAUCAUGUUCAAAAAGUGCGAGCAUUUAUUGGACCGUACUGUAAUGCUGAGCUUGAUGCUGUCGCAAAAAUGGCAACAUUUUGGAAUGUACCGAUUGUUGGCUACAUGGCUUCAUCUAAUGCAUUCGCGGACAAAUCGAUCUACAAAACUUUGGCGCGUGUCUCUCUUCGAACCACUAAUUCACUAGCUGAAGCGGUUGCAGCUCUUCUAACACAUUAUGGUUGGACUAAGGUGGGCCUAGUGACCAACACUGGAACCCUUGCCUUUGAAAGAGUACAAGCCUUUGAAGAAGUCUUCCAUAUGCGAAAGAUCACAGUUCUGAAGAAGGUGAGGCUAAUUUGA